CCCCAGCCACAACAUCGUCUAGCUAGCUAGCUAAACUACCGGGAGCUAGUUUUUCAGUCAUUGUUGUCAAAUGUAUUAGAUUGAUAAGGUGCAUAUCUUAAGCGUGAGUCACAUCCUAUCCGGACGAAACAGGAUAAAAUACCUCUUCGCGACAUGCUAUAAACAGUAAGCUUGCUAUGGAAUUAAAAUAAACCGAUUGUCAGUAGGCAAGCUAGCUAGCUCUGACAAGAUAGCGAGCUUUUACAUAGCUUUGUGGUAUUACUGAAGUUAGCUAGUUAGUUGUAAUUCUUUCUAACGGCUUUGCUACAAACGAGUAGAUAGUUUCAGUUUGUCAAAAUAUAUUGUUGCAAAAGGUAACUAGCAAGCAAGAGAUAGGCUACUAUGUAGGCAGCUUAACGCUGUCUGGUCAGUUCGGAGCUACAUUGUAACCAGGUCAGUGCUAGAGAGAUCAGCAGCAGUUUGUCUGUCGUAGUAGGAAAUAACAUCCUCAUGAUGGACACAGUUAGUUAGCAAACUAGCUACAGAUUUACGAUAACUGGUUGAUUAUUACAGUGAUGGCUAUAUUUGGUAGAUGGUGCUAGUAUUUGCCCUUUAGUACAAGUAAAGCCUUGCUUUGUGAUUUCUGACUCAGACGAUCGUCAUUAUUAGUUGUCGUGUAGUGAAAAUCUAUGUGCGCCUGAAGAUUAGGCGGAACAGCAGGAUGUCUAGGGGAUUUAGUGCAGCAAUGAUAUUGUUUAGAAAACACAACAACAAAACCAUGUUCACAAUACAUACAAAGGCCCCCAAAUGAAAUCUUACAAGGCUCAACUUUUCAUUUUCUCUGACUAUUCAUCACAUCUGGUGCGUCUGAGGUUAUAGAAAACACAUACGCAUAUAGCUAAAUCGGUUUAUUUCAUUUGAAGAGUAGCCACAUAAAUAUUUGAUAUGCCUGGGGACGGCUCGGAUAGUAGUAGUAGCCAGGACUCCGAUACAGGGAUCCGGAGAAAAGCCUCCACUGUCAAACAUGAGAUUACCAAUGCUAACCUCACUGGCCAUUCUGAGAGAGUGGGCAUGGAGAACUUUGAGCUUCUCAAAGUCUUGGGCACAGGAGCCUAUGGGAAAGUGUUUCUGGUCAGAAAGAACAGUGGUCAUGAUGAAGGGAAGCUGUAUGCCAUGAAGGUGCUGAAGAAAGCAGCCAUCGUUCAGAAGGCGAAGACAGCGGAGCACACUCGUACAGAGAGACAGGUGCUGGAGCACAUCCGCCAGUCCCCGUUCCUGGUCACCCUGCACUAUGCCUUCCAGACCCAGACCAAGCUCCAUCUCAUCCUGGACUAUGUGAGCGGAGGGGAGAUGUUCACACACUUGUACCAGCGGGAUCACUUCUCUGAGGAAGAGGUGCGGAUCUACAUCGGGGAGAUUAUCCUGGCCCUGGAGCACCUCCACAAGCUAGGUAUCGUGUACCGGGACAUCAAGUUAGAGAACAUCCUAUUGGACAGCGAGGGACAUUUGGUGCUGACAGAUUUUGGGCUCAGCAAAGAGUUCCUGGAGGAGGAGAAGGAAAGGACGUAUUCGUUCUGUGGCACCAUAGAGUACAUGGCUCCAGAGAUCAUCAGGGGGAAGUCUGGUCAUGGAAAGUCGGUAGAUUGGUGGAGUCUGGGGAUCCUGAUGUUUGAGUUGCUGACGGGGGCGUCACCAUUCACCCUGGAGGGGGAGAGGAACUCCCAGAGUGAGGUGUCCAAGCGUAUCUUACGCUGCGAGCCGCCGUUCCCCUCUAUGAUCGGAGUCGUGGCUCAGGACCUGCUGAGGAAGCUGUUGGUCAAAGACCCCCACAGGAGACUGGGCUCGGGGCCACGAGGGGCCGAAGACAUCAAGAGUCAUGCCUUCUUCAAGGGUCUCAGUUGGUCAGACCUGGCUGAGAAGAAGGUAGUCAGCCCAUUCAAACCAGAAAUCAGGAGUGAGUUGGAUACAGGGAACUUUGCUGAGGAGUUCACUGGCAUGAAUCCUGUCUACUCUCCAGCCAGCACCCCACCAAGUACUGACCGGCUGUUCCAGGGCUACUCCUUCGUUGCUCCCUCCAUUCUGUUCAACAAGAACGUGGUGAUGGGUGACUUCAUGGAGGGCCAGAUGGGAGCAGACCGGCCGGGCUCAGCCACUGUCCGUCGCAGUGCUAUGUUAGAGGACUCUACGUUCUUCCAGCUGUAUGAGCUGUGCCUACAGGGGGCGCCGCUGGGUGAGGGCAGCUUCUCUGUGUGCAGGAAGUGUCGACACCGCCAGAGCGGCCAUGAGUACGCCGUCAAGAUCAUCAGCCGCAGAAUGGAAUUGAACACUCAGAGGGAGAUUGCUGCCCUCAGGCAGUGUGAGGCUCACCCCAACAUCGUCAAACUGCACGAGGUCUACACUGAUCAGUUCCAUACGUACCUGGUGAUGGAGCUGCUGCGUGGGGGGGAGCUGCUGGAGAGGAUCAAGAGGAAGAAGCUGUUUGGGGAGGCAGAGGCCAGUCAGCUGCUCAGGAGCCUGGUGUCAGCUGUCGGCUUCAUGCACGAGGCUGGAGUGGUGCACAGAGACCUCAAACCAGAGAAUGUGCUUUUUGCAGACGAGGGGGAGGACUCGGUACUCAAGGUGAUAGAUUUUGGUUUUGCCCGGCUGUGCCCUGUGGGCAGCGCCCCCCUGCAGACUCCAUGCUUCACACUGCAGUACGCGGCUCCUGAGCUCUUCCACAGCACCGGCUACGACCAGGCCUGCGACCUCUGGAGCCUUGGGGUCAUCCUGUACACCAUGCUGUCAGGACAGGUGCCCUUUCAGAGUGAGCAGCAGCAGCGGGCGGGGAUGACCUCAUCUUAUGCUGCUGACAUCAUGCAUAAGAUUAAAGAGGGUGACUUCUCAUUGGCUGGAGAGGCUUGGAAGGGUGUUUCAGAGGAGGCUAAAGAGCUUGUGAAAGGUCUGCUGACAGUGGCUCCAGAGAGGCGUCUCAAGCUGUCUGCUCUGAGAGAGAACAGCUGGCUGCAGGGCGGCGCCAUUGUAUCUUCCACCCCCCUCUGCACCCCAGAUGUGCUAGAGUCCAGCGGCCCCAUCGUCCGCUCCUAUGUCAACGCCACCUACAAGGCGUUCAACAAGGGGAAGAGGGAGGGCUUCUUUCUGAAGAGUGUCGACAACGCCCCCCUUGCAAAGCGACGCAAGCUCAAGAUGACAAGUACAGGUGUGGAGACUCGACGGAGCUCCUCUUCCUCCUCCUCUUCCUCCUCUUCCUCAGCUGCCUCUGCCGCUACAACAAACCUAAAAACACAGCCACCACACCAAACUCUACCCCCAAAGCUAGAAAAGAGCUAGCAGGCGAGGAGGGGAACAAGAGGAGGGGGAAGAGUGGGAGGAAUAGAGUUAGGAGAAUGAAGCACAUUAAUUCAGCUAUGACAGAUUGGAAUACUAGCUCUGAAAGACCAGAAAUUACUUGAUUUGUUAUCCCCUCUAAGUCCAAAGUCAUAUAGAAUCUCCAAAUUCUAAUAACUUAUUUAUGAACAAAGUAAGAGACUAAUUCAAUACUUAAGAUGAAACAAAAGGGUUCACGACCCUGUUUUCUUUAAAAGACUAUGCUGAAUGGCAUUUUGAGUUAUCAUAAUGAUGCAAGGACUUCAUCUAUAUGUAUUAAUACCAUCUGUAGUAGCUUGUACCAUCUCAUACGUUUUCUCAAGAAAUUAACUAACAUGUAAUUUCUUGAGUGGAACUAAGCUUUAGACUAUUGUUUUCUAAUUUCUGGUCUAGAGGCUAUAUAUCAGUAUGGGUAAGUUAUGGAAGACACUUCGUUGGCUUUAAGAUCAUACUUAUGAAGUUUUCAGUCACCUUAGCAGGGUGAUGAUGAGCACGCAGUUGGAGAUAAUCCUGAUGUUUGCAUGUUGUCAUUACCUGGGGUAAGGAACCCUGUCGUAGAACAAGUCAGAGAGAAGCGGAGUGAGAGAGUUCAAAAGGGGUAAAGGGAAAUACGGAGUCAUGAAUGAGCACAAGCCAUAUUUACACAGGGAGGUCAUGACCUCCACAACAGAGCACUUAUGGAUAGAUACAGAGCACUCAUCGCAUGGCGAGGAAGUGGCUUGGAGUCUGUUGGCAGUCUCUCACUGUUUUUAAUGAUGUGGUUGAGAUUAAGAAAGAAUGGUGGUUCUGCGGACAGCUAUUCAAAUGAACUUUGACACUGUCUUUGUAACCCAAUGGUUCUUGUCACAUAGUGCCAAUUUACAGGACCCUUAGUAUUAUUUCCUUUGGCUUGCGAUUUCAGCCUUCUAUCGACGUUGGUGUCUGUUUGCAUAGUUAACUGGUUCGCUGAAGUUCACCUGAGAAUCAAAUAAUGGCAUCCAUUGUUCUGUAUUCAUAUGUGUGCUUCAUUAACAACGAUCAUGAUUCUGACAGUCAGAGAAGACAGGGAAAUGGAACACUUGGUGAUAGACAUUCUGAUUUGACAUAGUCCCAUACACAGUGCCCUAAAGCGCAUUAUGUAAAUGAUUAUGAGCAGAGCAACUUUUCGGUAUAUUAGGGGGCCAAACCAAAAUAUGAAUUAUUUUUACUGGCGGUAAAUAUUGUCACCCUGAUUUAAAGAAGUUAGUGUUUUUGUAGACAUUUAGGUGUUUGGUCAUUGAAUGUCAGUUACACUGAUCAUUUACUAAUCACUUUUUUUACCGGAAUAUAUUGACUGUUGAUUUGAUUUAUACCUGGAUAUCACACAAAUGUAGUCAUUUAAUCAGUGAUAUUAUUUCAGAUUUAAACAGUGCUUAUUUGAGUAUUUAUUACAUUUCAUGGGUUUUUAUGUGUUUUUAUAAUGCUGUGGUUAUGGUUUUCAUGAGCAUAUGUACUGUAUACAUGUUGGUGUGCGUGCGGCGUGACUGGUUCUGGGGAUUGGAUGUGCUCUUUUCCUUAUUAGUCUUCAGGUAAAGUAUUAUUGCAAGUUACUGUAGUAAAUAUAAUUGUAUUGAUCACAGAUUUUUUAUUAGUUACUCCUUAUAAACAUUAUUUUGUGUCUGGAACCGUGCUUUUGUCACUAUGCUCUUGUUUGUAUUUUCAUUUGGCUGUUGAUGUCGUGUGUUGUCUUUUUAAUGUUAUGAAUUUGAGACUCUUUUUAAUGAGCUACUACCAAUUUCAUGUAUUGCUGUCCUUUUUGCCCAACAUUUUUUUGCUUUCUUCAAAGCAUAUCAUGAUAUUGAGAUUCACUACGUCACGAUAACUUGUGAUGCUUGGUGUGCGUCAAGAUCACUUCAAUCUGGAGCAAAAUAAAUGACUUUACUCAAUUUA